AUGGUUGUGGCGAGGAUCGCCCCUGAUUAUGAUGGUGGUGGUGAUGAUGAUGUACAGGUCAAGGCAUUUGUGAAACCCAACUUUGAACAUGCAAAAUGGGCACAAUCCGCUCACCUGCCUAGCUUUGAGGAGUACAUGGAGGUUGCUGAGGUGAAGAUCACACCGUAUGUAGUUUUGGCUGGUUGUUUUAUGUGUCUAGGAAAGAUGGCUACCAAGGAAGCUUACGAGUGGCUUAAAUCGAGACCAAGACUGAUCAAAUCUGUAUGUGUUAGAGGUCGUCUUAUGAAUGAUAUAACCGGUCUAAAGAAAUAUAGAGUUACCAAACAAGAUGCUUUAAGAGAGCUUCAUCAAAUGGUUACAGAUACUGAUAACAUAAUAAAUGAGGAGCUCUUGAUGACAAAUGGUGUGUCACGUUUGGUUCUCAAGACAAUAAUGGGUCUUGCACAAUCAAUCAGUGUCUUCUACAAUGGAUAUGAAGGAUUUACUUUUCCCAAAGGAAAAAUCAAGGAGUACAUGAAUUCUAUGUUUGUCGAUCAGAUUAGUCUUUAG